AUGACGGGGGUGUCCGAUCUAGUAGAAGAAGAAUGUCGUAUGGCAAUGCUUGUUGAUCAUAUGGAUAUCUCACGCCUCAUGGUGUUUGCCCAACAAAUAGAAGAGUCAAAACUCAAAAAAGAGAGGGCUAGGGAGAAAAAGAGGUCUAGGGUGGAUAAUGAUGGGUCCAAUGGACAUGGUCGUUCUAGGAAUCGACAAAAGUUUUCCGAACAAGGCAAUUCUAAUGCUCCUAAGUAUAAGGAUGAGAGGGUGUCUAUGAUAACAGCAAGGUGUGGUAAGAGGCAUGAGGGUAAGUGUUUGGCCGGUAGAGAUGGUUUUGAUGGAUGUGGUGAUAGUGGCCACAUGAAGAAAGAUUGCCCAAAGGCAAAGGCUACUAUAAGAGAGGAUGAUGCGGAUUCCCCGGCCAGUUCUGAGAUUCCUCCGGUCACCACUGGAAAUGUGCCAAUGGAUGAUAUGGCAGUUUAUGAGUUGGAGGCAGAGACCGACGAGGAGUAA